UUAUGGAUUCAUGGCCAUUAAGGGGGCAGCCAGACCCUGAGCCUGCUUUGUGUUGGGGGAGAGAGAGAAAGAGAGAGCCGGGGCAUGUGCAGAGUGCCCAGGAAACGAAAGGCAGAGUCUCUGCUGGACUUCCUGGUUGGAGGGUUGGGAGGGGAGGGGCAGAGGUGUUUGGGGAGGAGGAGAGAGAGAGCCGGGCUCGGGUUCCGCCAGGUGUGUUCCGGAGGUGCCAGAAGGGGCUCUGCCUGCCUUACCUGCGCCAUGGGCGUCUCACCUGGACUCACCUGGAGGGGCUUCCUGCUCCUGCUGCUGGGUCUCUGGACGGUGUCUUCCAUGGAGAUCUACACGCCGGGCUCCUUGGAGGUUCUGAACGGGACCGACGUGCGGCUGAAGUGCACCUUCCGCAGCCGGGAGCCCGUCGGGCAGCGGCUGGUCAUCUCCUGGGACUUCCAAUCCCGGGACAAGAGCCAAACGGAGUUUGUGAUCCACUACCAGGAUCAAGCCUAUCCGCCGCAGACGGGCCGCUUCUCGGGCAGAGUCACCUGGGACGGCAAUGCAUUCAAGAGCGACGCCUCCAUCAUGCUCUGGAACGUCGGCCCCGGGGACAAUGGGACCUUCUUCUGCCACAUCAAGAACCCCCCGGACGUCGAUGGGGUGGCCGGAGAGAUCGAGCUGAGCGUCGUCCUGAAAGUGAGCUUCUCGGAGAUCCACGUUUUGGCCCUGACCAUCGGUGGGGCCUGUGCUCUGAUGAUUGCCGUGGUGGUCGUGGUGGUGGUCUGCCGGCAGCGACGGAAGGCCGGGAAGGACCAGGCGGAGGAGACGGAGAUGCCGGAGAAGGAGAAGCUGCGCAGAGUCCCGGAAGAGGAGAGGGAGGCCACACUGCCCGGAGGGGAGGCCUGAGUCCCCUCACUCACUCCCUCACUCUCUCACUCAUUCUCUCACUCACAAGACCUUCGUGACAUGGACACUUGAGAGGAGAGUGCAGACUGGGAGCACUUGCUACAUGGCACCCCCCCAAAAAGGAAUGGAAUAAGCCCCUUGGAGACCAUCCCAAAAAACUGGAGCCACCUCUUUCGAAGCCAGCCUGGACCCUUCAGACUUCUUCUCCAAUUCAUCUUCCUCUUCUGCUUCACCUAAUCCGGAGGUUCUCCUGCAGAGAUUUCUAAAGGAAAGGGCCGAUAGCAAUGCGCACCCCAAACUCUGAGGCCCAAAGACUUGGUGCCCACAAACCCUUCAGUAUUUAUGUUGUCGAACGCUUUCAUGAUCGGAAUGACUGGGUCGCUGUGAGUUUUCCGGGCUGUCUGGCCAUGUUCCAGAAGCAUCCUCUCCUGACGUUUCACUCACAUCUAUGGUAGACAUCCUCAGAGGUUGUGAAUCAAUCAGGGCUGGCUAACACCUCCGAACAAAGGAUUCCCCCAGGCAGCAACUGCCAGGCUUUGGAGCUGCAAGUCUAUUUAAUGCUAACCAAGGUGGCCAAUUGAAACAUUCACACCUGCCUCCAACAGACAAGAGUUCUUUCUCCAACCCUGAACAUUAUUCAACAGAGAUGUUUUAUAUAUAUAUAUAUACAGUAGAGUCUCACUUAUCCAAGCUAAACGGCCCGGCAGAACCUUGGAUAAGCGAAUAUCUUGGAUAAUAAGGACGGAUUAAAGAAAAACCUAUUAAACAUCAAAUUAGGUCAUGAUUUUACAAAUUCAGCACCAAAACAUCAUGUUAUACAACAAAUUUGACAGAAAAAAUAGUUCAAUACACAGUAAUGUUAUGUUGUAAUUACUGUAUUUAUGAAUUUAGCACCAAAAUAUCACGAUAUAUUGAAAACAAUGACCACAAAAAUGGCUUGGAUAAUCCAGAGGCUUGGAUAAGUGAGGCUUGGAUAAUUGAGACUCUACUAUAUAUAUUUGUGUGUGUGUGUGUGUGUAUAUAUAUACACACACACACACACACAUACAUACAUAUAUACAUAUAUAUAUAUAUAUAUUCACUUGCCUUGUUUCCAACAGACCUCCCUGCAAAUACCCUCACUGAUUGACUUGAACUUAAUUGUUGCAAGGCUAUUAGUUGCUAUUAAUUGCUAAUCAAGCUGGCCAAUGGCAACAUUCACAUUUGCCUCAAAUAGACAAAGAAUUCUUUCUUGCACCCUAGACAUCAUUUCACAGAUAUAUAUACACACAUACACACACUCCACUUGCCUCGUUUCUAACAGACCUCUAUGCAGAGACCCUCACUGAUGGACUUUGCAGCUUGCAAGGCUAUUCAAUGCUAAUCAAGCUGGCCUAUUUGAACAUUCACACUUGCCUCCAGCAGACAAAGUUCUUUCUCCCACCGUGGACAUUAUUCCACGGAUAUAUAAACAUCACGUGCCUAGUUUCCAACAAACUUCUCAACCUCUGAGGAUGCUUGCCAUAGAUGUGGGCGAAACAUCAGGAGAGAAUGCUUCUGGAACUUGGAAAACUCACAGCAACCUUCAGUAUUUCUUUUCAUGUUUUGCUUCCUAGGUCCCAGUGGUCUGUUGACAGCAGGGGAGGGAAACAUACCAUGGACCCUGAACUGCAUCUCCCAUCGCUCCUUGCUGCCUAGGACUGAUGGGAGUGGCUGGACAAUUGGGUUUUCCCCAAACCCUUCUUUCCAGCCCGCCCUUUGCCCCACGGCUGUAUGUCCGAGGGGUCAUUUCCCCGCAGGCUCUGCAAAUACUGCCUUUGCCCGUCGCUGCAAACCGUGUAGGACGUUAAAAACAACAUGUUACAAUAGAGUGACUUAUUUUUCAUAAUGUAAUUUAUUUUUCAAGAUGUAUGCAAAUAAAUUUGCUAGACUUUGGUAGUAAAGAG